ACACGCGGGGCCCAAGAUGGCGGCCAGCCGCUACCGGCGUUUUCUCAGGCUCUGUGAGGAAUGGCCGCUGGACGAGACCAAACGGGGCCGGGACUUGGGCGCUUAUCUGCGGCAGCGGGUAGCGCAGGCCUUUCGGGAGGGAGAGAACACCCAGAUUGCAGAGCCCGAGGCCUGUGAUCAGAUGUACGAGAGCUUAGCUCGGCUCCAUUCAAACUAUUACAAACACAAGUACCCUCGCCCCAGAGACACCAGCUUCAGUGGGCUGUCCCUGGAAGAGUACAAGCUGAUCCUGUCCACAGAUACCUUGGAUGAGUUCAAGGAGAUGGAUAAAGGCGUGUGGAAGAAACUGCAGGAGAGGUUUGCCCCCAGGAAUCCCGAGGAGAAACACAAGGCCUGGGCCCGCGCCUUGUCGCGCCCGCGUACCUGAGCGCGAAGUCUUGUUUGCUGCCAUCCUCAAUAAAACGCCCCAAUCCCCCA